GGUGUUUAAUAUAUGUGUGUAAGUAGGUACGAUAUUAAUCUAUAAGCAUGUGUGUGUAUCGAUACCUUGUUCCCAUAGUCCAGAUAAUGCUACGAGUGAUCUGUCUCUUAAAAUUUAAUUUUUGUAGACACCAUUAGAAGUACUUUUAUGGUUUAGCCCCGCCUUUUUAUUAUUACUCUCUGUUUGAUUUUCAAAGACUAUUUAUGACCACGAAAACAAAAGUUUUCGAUACUUCAGAAACAAUAAAAUCUAUACAUUAAUGCGUGAAGCAAAAACUUUGUACCCCUUUUUACGAAAAUUGCCCGGACGGAGGAGUAUGAAAUUUCCUAUACUUAUUGAGAAUAUAGAGAAGUACAGAAUGCUAAUAUUUUGCAUAAAAAACACUUUAAACCAAUAAAGAAAGCAUUACACACACUACCAUGUAUUUGACACAACACAUACAUAAAAAUAUACUCUUUGUUUACUGUCAAUUGGGAAACUUUUGUUAUGUUUCUUUGAGGUCGAAUUGAGAAUAGAUUAAUAUUGUUUAUUUUUAAUAUUAUUGAUCUAUAGUGCAGUUUUAGCGAAUACUGUGAUUAUAUUAUCGAAUUAUAAUAGUGUUUGACAAUAGAACCAUAAUAAUGUUUAAACUUAUAAUUUCAAUUAAUUGUAGUCGAAUUUCGACUACUGCGGGACCACUAGUGACAAUAAAAAACGUAAAUAUUAAACGUAAAAAAAAUACCGUAUUAAUAGUUUUAAGUAUUUUUACUUAUUUUUUUCAUUUUUACCACAUCACUAAAAACGUUCAAUAAACAUUUAACGAAAAAAAAAACAGAAAUUACCGAAAAAAAAAGAACAAUUCAAACUAAAAACAUAACCAAAUGCAAAUAUCGCGAGUAAAAUACAAUUGCUGAGAUUUAAUACAUAAAUCACAUCCAUAUCACAAAAAACUUCAUAGACAUUUAUUUCACUUUAUCAUUAUAAUCAGAUAACUUGUGCACUUUAUCACUAGUGUUCUACAGAAAAUAUAACUUCAGUGAAAUCUCGUGUCUGUUACUGUUUAAAAUACAAUGGACCCGUAAUAUCAAUAUCAUAUCGUAAGGGAAAGACAAAACAAAAUGGCCACAACACUAAAUAAAGAAAUAUCUAUACAAGAAUCAGAAGCUCAGAACACUCCGAACAAUGUUGCAAUCAAGAAGAAAACUGGCUUUAGGUACUUACUGGGCAUUAUUACAGUAGAACCAGUGGCGUUCAUAGUACUGUUCGCAGGUCUACUGUCAGGUAUGUCGACACAGAAUUUAGGCUUAGAAAAAGCUUGUAGAGUAAGUCUUAAACUCGAAGAUGCUAUCUGUGAUUCACUGAGAGCACAAAACCAAUCGAAUAACUUCACUGAUUAUGAGAGAAUGGUCCAAGAGCAUUAUUCUGCCCAGCUAAGGUGGAAAAGCGCUUUGCAGUCCGUAUUACCGCUCCCUAUGCUGCUGUUUGCUGGAGGCUGGAGCGACAAGACAGGCAGAAGAAAAGCCAUCAUUGUAGUUCCCAUAAUCGGCGAAACUCUCCAAUGCAUCAGCAACAUCUUAAAUGUGGUAUUCUUCUACGAAAUCCCGCUUGAGGCUUUGAUAUUCUUUGAUACAUUCUUCUCGGGGAUCACUGGGGGCCAAAUCAUAAUGCUCUUAGCGCUGUUCAAUUAUAUCUGCGAUAUAACUACCUCGGAGAACAGAACUCAGAGGUUGGGAAUCGUUAAUGUGUGUACGUUUGUCGGAACGCCGCUAGGUUUGGCGUUAUCCGGGAUAAUGUUGAGGCAUCUUGGGUACUAUGCCAUAUAUGGAACAGCUCUUUUUUUGCACUUUAUAAACUUUUUGUAUGUGACAUUCAGGAUAAAGGACCCAUUGAGGACUAAAGAGCAAAUUAUGACGUACGACAACAAAGGCUGCUGCCAUUUUUUAAAAGAGUUCUUCGAUUCUAAAACAUUGAGGGAUUCCUUCAAAGUGCUAUAUAAGAAGACUGAAGACAACCACCGUUUGUAUUUACUAGUUAUACUUAUGACGGCUUGUUUGUUGUAUGGACCUAUAUAUGGUAAGAUGAACGUUGAAGUAAAAAAAAAUACUAGUAUAUAAGUAUAAAGGUAUAUAUAUACCUAGUCUAACCAUAAAUA